AUGCUUUUAUCUGGGUUCAUUGUCGGGUUAUUCCUGGGACUUGCGUCCGGUGAAGAUGGGUCCGCGGGAUGGCUCCGCUACGCCCCACUUCCCUAUGCUAGCAGCUAUAGUUCCAUCCCUUCAUCAAUCAUAGCCUUGAACAACACUAAGAGCAGUCCGGUAUACACCGCGCAGCAAGAGCUUCACAGGGGGAUCCAGGGCAUCUUGGGGAAAACACUCAGCAACGGAACUUCAACAAGCAAGGACGGUACCAUCAUAGUGGGGACGGCUCACGCAUAUCAGAAGAGUUAUGGCGAUUUCGACGAGGCCGGGGACAUCGAAGAGGAUGGCUAUUUCCUGAGCAUCGAGGGACGACAGGUGCUGAUACUGGGUCAAAACGAGCGAGGCGCUCUGUAUGGGGCUUUCGACUAUCUUUCGCGUCUUGCGCAGGGGCAACUCGACACUGUUUCAUACGUAUCAAAUCCUCAUGCGCCUAUCAGAUGGACCAACGAAUGGGACAAUCUCGACGGAAGCAUCGAGCGUGGAUAUGCGGGACCGUCCAUCUUCUUUGAGAAUGGGUUCGUUACUGAAAAUACCACGCGCGUCGCCGAAUAUGCGCGCCUUCUAGCCUCCAUUCGCAUCAAUGGAAUCAUUGUCAAUAAUGUCAACGCUAAUGCAACGCUCCUGAGCGCACGAAACAUCGACGGACUAGGAAGACUGGCCGAUGCGAUGAGGCCGUACGGUGUGCAGUUGGGUAUUUCGCUCAACUUCGCGUCUCCGCAAACAUUUGGAGGUCUAAGCACUUUCGAUCCGUUGGAUCCUACCGUUGAUGCUUGGUGGGCAAAUAUCACAAACCAGAUCUACGCACGCGUUCCAGACAUGGCGGGUUAUCUAGUCAAAGCCAACAGCGAGGGUCAGCCAGGACCUCUUACAUUCAAUCGUACUCUCGCAGAGGGGGCAAACAUGUUCGCCAGAGCAGCCAAGCCACAUGGCGGCAUCAUCAUGUUCAGAGCCUUCGUCUAUGACAACCAUAUCAAUGAGACGAAUUGGAAGGCCGAUCGGGCAAAUGCAGCAGUCGAAUUCUUCCGUGACUUGGAUGGAAAGUUUGACGAUAAUGUUGUGGUACAGAUCAAGUAUGGUCCGAUUGACUUUCAGGUUCGAGAACCUGCUUCGCCACUGUUCUCAACUCUGCGAAACACAAGCACCGCAAUCGAGCUUCAGGUAACCCAGGAGUACCUUGGCCAACAGACGCAUCUCGUGUAUCUUGCACCUCUGUGGAAAGAAAUCCUCGAAUUCGAUCUAAAAGCUGACAAUCGCUCUUCCAAGGUGAAGGACAUUGUCUCUGGUGAGCGGUUUAGGCGGCCACUGGGUGGAUCGGCCGGCGUAGUAAAUAACCUCUACGCUUACGGUCUACUGGCCUGGGAUCCGUCUCUCGAUGCAGAGGAAAUCUUGCAAGAUUGGAUCCGAUUGACCUUUGGCCACGACCCGAAAGUACUUGAGACCAUCACCGACAUGUCGAUGAAGUCAUGGCCUACUUAUGAGAACUACACUGGAAACCUGGGCGUCCAAACUCUAACAGACAUCCUGUAUACCCAUUUCGGGCCUAAUCCCGCCACACUGGAUAAUAACGGGUGGGGUCAGUGGACGCGGGCAGACAAAUUCAGCAUCGGCAUGGAUCGCACGGUCAAGAAUGGUACUGCAAAUGCGGGACAGUAUCCCCCAGCUGUGGCUAAUGUAUACGAAAACAUCGAAACCACACCGGAUAACUUGCUGCUCUGGUUCCAUCACGUCAUCUACACGCACCAGCUGAAGUCGGGCAAAACCGUCAUCCAGCACUUCUACGACUCACACUACGAGGGCGCAGCGACCGCGCAAACGUUAGUGAAGCAAUGGGAGUCGCUCAAGAGCAAUAUCGACAGCGAACGCUACGAGCACGUCUUGUUCAGACAGACUUUUCAAGCUGGCCAUGCGCUCGUCUGGCGCGACUCCAUCAACCAAUUCUACCAUAAUCUCUCCGAAAUCGAGGACCAGGCUAAAAGAGUAGGGAACCAUCCCUACCGCAUUGAAGCCGAGAAAAUGACGCUCAGCGGGUACAAGACUUACCGCGUGGACCCCUUCCAUGCAGCGUCAGGCGCCACGGCCAUUGUCACUGCAUCGAAUUCUACGGUGGGCACGGCGACAACGAACGUGACCUUUGGGUCGGGGAUAUAUGAUGUAGCGGUCAAUUACUUCGACUUGAUAGGAGGCAAGUCGCAGUACGAGCUGCAGCUGAACAACAGGACGAUUGGCAGCUGGACAGGCGAUCUGGAGGACAAGCUGGGGCACGCGCCGUCUGUUUAUCUUGACGGGCAUUCAGCGACACGUAUCACGUUUAGGAACAUUACGGUGGUGAAAGGCGACUUGUUGAGGAUAUCCGGGCGAGCUGAUGGUAUAGAGCCUGCGCCUGUUGAUUAUGUUUCUUUUCUUCCGCCUGGCAUCGUCGACUAG